UGGCGAUAAUGCGCAUUAUUGAUGCUGCCGAUUGCCGUAAGAAGAAGAGAAUACAGGAAGGGGUUUGUUUACUGGCUUCUGUUGGAGGCAGGUUUGGGAUCCGAGACGUUCACUGAGCAAAAUGACUGAAGACGUGGUCCAAACAAAUGGCAGUAAAACACUGCUUGUCCGCCACUUACCAGCGGAGCUCAGCAAGGAAGAGAAGGAGGACCUCCUGAAGUAUUUCGGAGCCGAGUCAGUCAGGGUCUUCUCAAACAGGGGCCGGUUGAAACAUGCAGCCUUUGCAGCAUUUAGAAGUGAGAAGUCAGCAGCAAAGGCUCUUAGCAGGCUCCAUCAGUUAGAGAUUCUUGAUCAGACACUCAUUGUGGAGUUUGCAAAAGGCCAAGAUCACAUAACAGUAUUAAGGGACCCACCAGUGUCUGAAAGUGGUGAAAAUGGCAAAGAAGAGAAGAAGAAGCAGGAGAGCAAACAGCCAAAUAUUCCCAUCAUAGAGACUGGUGUUUCGCCGAGUCUUGGGUUGACGUUUCAAUCAAAUCCCACUUUGAAAUAUUUAUAUCCACCACCCUCUAAUGGCAUUCUGACAAAUAUAACGCAUGCCCUCAUGAGUGUGCCAAAGUUUUAUGUUCAAGUACUCCAUCUGAUGAACAAGAUGAAUUUGCCAUGUCCUUUUGGCCCAAUCACAGCUAGACCACCCAUGUUUGAACUCCUGCCUCCUGCUCCACCCAUCCCCAUGCCUCCUCCCUUCCCUCCCGAUUACCCCCCUCUACCAGAGGAGGAGAUGGAAAUGAGCAGUGAGGAAGAAUCGGAGUAUGAGAGUGGAGAUGACGAAGACAAAGAGAGGAUUGUUCGUCUGAUGGGCCUGGUCAACCAAGCAUGCAAAAGACCCUUGAGACCAAAAACAGCUUCAAAAAGAAAGAAGCCCAAGAUCAAGGAUCUACUCUAUGCUCCCAAACCAGACUCUCAGAGUGCUCCAGCGCUGCAGCCCUCGGAUGUGUUUGAGCAGCCCCACCCCGGCGGUCCGAGGAAAAUCGAAUUCCGCAUUUCAGCUCCAGAUGUGGUAGCUGUUGUUGAAGGAAGUAGGCCAGGUCAGCCUGAUGACGACGAAGGCAAAGUGGAUCAGAGCGAGAUCACCCCCAGCAGCAAUCAGGAGGAAGCAGAGGCUAAAGGCUUUGGGAAGCUUUACUUCAGCACUCAGGCAUCAAAGCAGCAGGAGGAGCACGAUGACAACGAGCAGGAUCUCAUGUCAGAUGUCAUCUCUAGGAAGGAGCUAGAGAAAGGACGGCUGUCAAGAGAUGAGAUAAAAAGGAUGUCUGUGUUUAAAAAUUAUGAACCUGGCGAGCCAACCUGCAGACUAUACGUGAAGAACAUUGCAAAGCAAGUGGAGGAGAAGGACCUGAAAUACAUCUAUGGGAGAUACAUUAACCCUUUGUCAGAAGAGGAGAGAAACAUGUUUGACAUUGUGUUAAUGAAGGAGGGGCGGAUGAAAGGGCAGGCCUUUGUGGGACUCCCCAGUGUGCAGAGUGCAGAGAAAGCCCUGCAGGAAACCAACGGCUACGUACUCUAUGACAAGCCUCUGGUUGUUCAAUUUGCUAGAUCUGCAAGACCAAAACAGGACAACACAGAUACCAAGAGAGGACCAAAACAGCGAUGAGCUCUACAGAUACCAAGGCUUGAUAUUGUGGCCCAGCAGAACCAUGUGUAUCCUUAUUUUGUCAUAUCCUUUUGGAAAAACAAAAGGGGGGGGGGGGGGGGGGGCAGUUUAAUUGUAGAUGUUGUAGCACAACUGCAUCUUGAAACAGCACUAUAUGUGUUGUAGUAUACAUUUAUUGUUUGUUUCUUUUUCUAGCCUAUUGUAUCUUAUUUUAUCUAAAAUGUUUUCUUUUUAUUUUAGCACAGACUUUAUAACCAGAUGCUAUUUUGGAAUCUUAAACUUCUUUAUUGAUUUCUGCCCUUUUGACUGAAUUUCAGGUGGAGGUCAUCAGAGAU